UCUUCCCAUUUUCCAAAGCCCGUCACAAAAGCCCCAAUUACUCCACAAAACAAGAAUAAAUUAGUCAUUCCAUCCGCCAUUGCCGAAAUAUAACUACCCACCACCAUUUUCCCUUUCACCAUUCUCAAGAAACCCAGCUCUCUCCACCUCACCCCACUUCACAGUAUCCACGCCACCCCCUCAUUUUCUCCGUUUUUUGGUUCAAAAAUACAAAAUUUUCUUUCCCCCACUGCUUUCUUUGGGUAGGUGACAUCCCCUUUUCUGUCCGAUCAACGUAUCGCAGCGGUGAUUUUUUGCCAUUUUGAUAAAAUUCCCAAAAGACCCUAUUUUUUUGGCCAAUAAAAUUCAUCUUGUAUAGAGUGUAUCGCAUUUUUGGUAGAGUGCUAAUGUUGAGAGUUUUUUGUGAUAAUUUUUUGAAAGUAUUUGGAAAUGGAAAGUGAAAGAGGUGUUGCAAAUGUGAACACGUGGCCUCAACUAGAUCUGAACGAGGUUCCGAUUUCGUAUCCUGCUGAAGCCCAACAAAUAAUGAUUCCGGUACCGGCGGUGGAGGCGUCGGUAAGUGGUGUUUCAGUGUGCUCUGUUUGUGGGAUUCCGGCCGGGAGGCACACGGUGCAGCCGCAGCAGGAUUGGAGGUGUUUCCAUUGCUUGCUAAAAAAUGGCGGGAGUGGAAGUGGAGGAGGGGACGCAGCUGUUGGCGGCGGAGGGGCCGUCAACAUCAAUGCUUCGCUCCCACGCGAGGUGGAGACCCAGAGGAAGCGAAAUUUGGUGGACCUGACUGCUGACGUGGCGGUUCUGGUGAGGCGGGACCCACAAGUGGAUCACGGUGGCAGUAGCAAAAUACAAGCUACGCUCUUUACUUCUCCUUCCAGCCAUUGUACCACAGUUACACAGUCAGAUUGUUUAUAUGCUGAUAAUGAGAAUAAUCUUAGGAAGACCUCAUGUUUCGUGACAAACACUGCUAUAUCAGGUUUUAAAGAUACUUCGUAUCAUGGGGGACCAACAUUUGAUGGGAGGCUUAGGACUAGUAAUUAUAUUGGAACUGAAUAUUCUCCUCAGAGUUCAAACAUUGCAUAUCUGCAGUCUCUGAGAGCGUAUAUUUCUGAAAGGAAAGGUGUUUUGGGAGAAGGUUGGUGUGUGGAAUUAGAUUAUGAUGAAGAAAUUUGCACGACCUCUGCCAUCUAUAUUGCCCCAGAUGGAACUAGGAUCAAAUCAAAGGAGGAUGUUGCUCACCAUUUAGGGUUAUCGUUAAAAUGUCCUUGUGUGGAGAAUGAGAGUGGAAGUAAUGGAUUUGGUGUUCAAAAUGAAUUGCAAAAUGAUCAAGUGAAGGAGACCUCCAGAUUUCUGACUGUUGGAAACAGUAGACAAAGACAAAGCACUCCAAGGAGCGCCAAUGGGCAGGGUUUUUUGUCCAGUUCAGGGACCGUAGAUGGUCCAGAUAACCGAGGAGAUGGCUUCCCAAUUCAGUUUCAAGAUUUUUUUCUUAUAUCGGCUGGAAAUAUUGACUCACGGCCAUCAUACCAUGACACUAACCAGAUCUGGCCCGUUGGUUACCGAUCGAGCUGGCAUGAUAAAAUUACUGGAUCCUUUUUUGUAUGUGACGUUGAAGAUGGUGGCGAGUCUGGCCCCGCAAGCCUACAAACAGUUGGAAGUGGGUUCCUCCUGGCAAAGAGGAAGAGCAAUUUACUAGGUGACCCAGAAUCUGACUAUUCCUCCAGAAAUUACAAGAGACCUAAGUUGCAGACACAAUACUCACGAAGGGAUCCCUGCCCUCCUGGAAAACCACUGAGCUCAAAGCUUGCUGCAUACUUGAUUGGAGAUGCUCUUCAGGUUUGGGAGCUCGCGUGGCAUUUCUUAGAUGUUCUGGGGCUAGGAAGACCUUUUUCUUUUCAGGAACUUGAAUCUGAACUAAUAAUUCCUUGGUUAGACAGUUAUCCUACACAAAAUUCUGGAUAUAAAAAUCUGGACAAUGGAGAUGUGGUGGGUUUUCCAGCUAGAGUUGCCUGUCUCAGCAGAUGUACUGGUUUAAUUUUGGCCAGGAUUCAUGGCUCACUGCUGAAUCUGCUCGUUCCAGAGCUUCUGUCUAAGGUGGCAGUACAUGUAUGUCCUAAUUCUGAUUCGGGAGAAUACAAAUCAAGAAAAGGAAGGAAGAAAGAUAUUGAUUGCUUAGCUGCUCUAAAAGAAGCAAAGCUCAAUAUGCUGCCUGUCAAUGAACUAACUUGGCCUGAAAUUGCUCGUAGAUACAUUUUGGCUGUUUUGUCAAUGGAGGGCAAUCUGGAUUCUACAGAAAUAGCAAGCCGUGAGAGUGGAAAAGUCUUCCAUUGCCUACGAGGUGAUGGCGGAACACUUUGUGGGUCCCUUACCGGCAUAGCUGCAUUGGAGGCCGAUGCAGUGAUUCUUGCAGAUGCUAUGGAGCAAAUAUUUGGGUCAUUGAAGGGUAAGAGUGAGGUUGUUAGCAUAUUUGUGAAAGAGUCCGAUACAAGAAGUGAUACUCAAACUAUUGAGGCGGCUGAGGGUGUAUACCCCGAGUGGGCAGAAGUGCUUGAACCUGUAAGAAAGCUGCCCACAAAUGUUGGAGCUCGGAUAAAAAAGUGUAUACUUGAAGCUUUAGAGAGAAAGCCACCUGAAUCAGUUAGGAAGAUAUUGGAGCAUUCUAUCAGCAAGGAAGUUUACAAGGGUAAUGCAUCCGGGCCCACCAAGAGAGCAGUUAUCUUAGUGUUGGCAAAUGUGAGCCGGGAAAUUCCACGGCCAAAGGCUCAGAAGAAAGAAAAAGGAAGGAUUACUAUCAAUCUCUCUGAUCUGAUCAUGAAACAAUGCCGUAUAGUGCUACGGCGUGCUGCUUCUGCAGAUAAAGAUAGAGUUUUCUGCAAUUUGUUAGGGAGAACAUUUCUACGUCCUAAUGAUAAUGAUGACGAGGGACUUCUUGGAUACCCUGCAAUGGUAUCUCGUCCUUUAGACUUCAGGACUAUUGAUUUGAGAUUGGCUGGUGGGGCCUACGGUGAAUCACAUGAAGCUUUUAUUGACGAUGUUCGAGAGGUUUGUAAUAAUAUACGCACUGCAUAUGGAGACCGAUCUGAUUUGAUUGGUGUAGCUGAAAAAUUGUCCCAACAGUUUGAAGACCUGUAUGAGAAAGAGGUUAUUACCCUUGUCCAUAAAAUUGCUGAGUUUGCAGAUCUUGAUAGUUCAAGUGGUGAAGCUACGAAGGGGAGAGAUGACUUUCUUGCCAGUAUAUAUGAAAUCUCACUUCCUAGGGCUCCUUGGGAUGGAGGAAUUUGUAAGGUGUGCGGCAUGGACAGAGAUGAUGACAAUGUCCUAUUGUGUGAUAAAUGUGAUUCUGAGUAUCAUCGAUAUUGCUUGAGUCCUCCACUUACAAAAAUUCCGGAAGGAAACUGGUAUUGCCCUUCUUGUGUUGGUAAAACAAUUUCUGGAAGUGCAGCCCAUAGUUCUGCUGUAAAUCAAUGUGGGAAAAGAAAAAAUCGGGGAGAGUUCAUGCAUAAGUUUUUGGAAUCAAUGACGAUUUUAGUAAACCUGCUUGAGACAAAAGAAUAUUGGGAGUUUACAGUGGAUGAGAGAGUUCUCCUUUUGAAAUUCUUGUUUGAUGAGGUGUUGAAUUCAGCUACCAUUCACGACCACAUCGAUCAACAUGCCUCCCGGACAUCUGAAUUGCAGCAAAAACUUCGCUUCCUUUCUUCUGAAUUGAAAACUCUGCAAUCCAAGGAAGAGCCAUUUGCUGCAAAUUUAGAGAGAGAAAAUUCUAGCAUCUCAUCCUUCUCUGGUCAUUUUUCUCAGCCGGAGAAUCUAUUACAGCUCGAUGGACAAAGUGAUUACAAUAAAGAGCCUCGUUGGCCUCCUUCGAGAAGCAAUCUGGUUAAACAUUGUGCCAGCAGUAGUAAUCAAGCUGUAAAUGUUUCUGAUGGAGUGGACCAAUUACAAUAUCAGCAGUGUGCAGUGGUUCAAAGUCAACAGAAAAACAUCUUCCCCCUUUUGCAUCUACCUCAAGGAGACAGUUGCUUGAACGAGUUACCGGUGUCUACUGAACAACGGAGUUCCUUUCUAUCUGCUGGUCAGUCGACACCCAGCAGCCAUAUGUUCGAGCAUGCCCAUUCUGCAAAUGAUUACAAAAAUGACAUUUCUGGUUUGCAGACCUCAAUUGCUUCUACAGAAUCGGAGCUUCUCAAGGUAUCUCUUAGGAAGGAUUUAUUGGGACGAGAUUCUAAUGGCAGGGUUUAUUGGGUAUUAUGCUGGCCAGAUACUCGUCCAAGGAUUGUAGCUAAUGGGAGCUUGACUUCCAAAAAGAGGAGUCCUGAAGAGUUCAUUGGGGUUCCUAAUUCUUCUACAUGGAUGUCCUAUGAGUCUGAGUCCGAAAUUGAGAAACUACUAAGUUGGCUGCAAGAAAGCAAUGAGAGAGAGAGAGAUCUAAAAGAUUCUAUAUUGCAGUGGCUAUGUACAAAACCCGAAGAUUCGUUUUAUGCUGAGAAUCACAUUUUUAACAAACAUGAAUCAUUUUCUUCAAUUCACUCUGAAGGGAGAAAAACUAUACUGGCUACAAAUGCCAUGAAUGCUUUGAAGAAGAAAUUUGGUCCUUGCUUAGAGAAUAAGACCACCAUUGGCAUCCAUAAAAAUCUUGGUUCUGAAGUAAAUCAGAAUGGCAUGAUGUAUAGAUGCGAGUGCCUGGAGCUUUUGUGGCCUUCUAAAGAACAUUGUCCCUCUUGUCAUCAGAGUUUUUCAAUGGGUAAGGAAUUAAGCCAGCAUUCCAUUGAAAAUUGCAGAACUGAGGGGUCUACUUCUAAGAAAAGCCCAACAGAAGAUGCCUCAAAGAACAAAAAGUCGAGGAAUGCAUCACCUCAGGGGACAUGCUCUGCCGUAACGGGAAUUAUUCAAAGAUCUGUAAUUGAGAAGCCCAGGGAUGGAUUAAGUUCCGUUGAGCCAGAAUGUCCAUUUAAUUAUGAGGAUAUCAAAGCCAGGUUUAUCAUUCAAUCCCCAAUCAAGGAAAGGAUAAAGGACAUCGGACUUAUAGGGUCUGGUGGUAUUCCAUCCUUUCUACCAGGCGAGUUUCCUCAUCCCAGUGAUCCUGCACUAGUAUUGGGCUAUAUGAGGGAAAACGAGGUUAGUGCAGGAGAAAUCCGGACGGAUUCCAUAAAUCGGCUGCAGGAAUCUGGUAAUGAUCCCCGUACCAUUGAUUCCUUGAACAAAAACGAGAAAUUAAAUAAUUUGUCAAGAUGUGCAGAAAAGGUUAUGGGCAAGGAGGGAUCUGAAGUUGACAAACAAAAAUCUAUUUCUCUUAGCGAAGGGGAUCAGGUUUUACAAAUGACGGAUAAGAAUCUAGUACUUUCGCUGUCCAAAAGAUGUAUCAUUCCGGAUUCUCCACGGAGACCUUUAGUCGGCAGAGCUUCUGAAAUCCUACAGAUUCUUAAGAUCAGCUUGCUUGAUAUGGAUGCUGCUCUGCCUGAAGGCGCUCUAAGAAUUUCAAGGUCAAAUCACAAUAGGAGAUGUACAUGGCGCAGAUUUGUUAAAUCUGCAAAUACAAUUUACGAGAUGAUUCAAGCCAUAAUCACACUUGAGGAAACUAUUAAAAGUGAGUACCUGAGAAGUGAUUGGUGGUAUUGGUCAUCACCUUCAACAGCAGCUAAAGUCUCCACUCUUUCUGCUCUUGCUCUACGCAUUCAUGCUCUCGAUUCAGUUAUAUCUUAUGAAAAACCUGUUUCCGAUGGGACUACAAAAAAUCCGAUAUCAGAAUCUGCACUGAACAAGGAAGCUUCAAUCCCAACAAAUCUGGUAAACUCUACCAGUCCACCAGGGCAAAAGACCCUUGAGUCAAAUCCUGUCAAGAAUCCAAGAUCCAGAAGGAAAACAAGCAAGCGGAGGAAUGAUCGAGGUGGUCAAAAUUGAGCGCACACAUUCUUGACAGUGAUGUUCUAGAUCUCGAUAGCUGAUAGAGGAUCCCUGGAGAAUGGAGAAAAGAACUUACCGCUGUUAUAUGGCCAGCAGCGUGUAUGGUGAUGUAUUUGUAUGGAACAGAACCUUGAAGGAAUGCAUGGCAAAGAUCGAAAUUUUGCUCUUCUAAAAAACAGCAUACAGAAAGACAGUGUAUGUAUGUAUAUUGAGAACCUCAGCAGUAGUAUAGCAUGGAUGUAUGUUGUGAACUUUUCAACUCAAAUAUCCAACAAGAAAAUUGCUUAAUCAUUUUUUCUGGGUUUUCAUAAUAUUCAUGCUUGCUGCUAA